UCUGCCGGGCUCUGCCCCAGCAUCCAGCUGUGCCUGUCUGGAAGCCAGCGCCUGGCUUCCCUCCAAAGCCCGGACUCUGUCAGGGGGCUGCAAACCAGCUGCAGCCUCCCGCUUUUCCCAGUGACACGUCUGUGCGCACACACCUACCUUUGACCUCUCCUGGUUUGUUCUGUGGCAGCAAACACCCGAAAUUUGCUCAGCUAAUACAAUAGCCCUGUACUUUUUGACAGAAACGCCUGUGGUUAACCUCUGUGGGCUGCCUGCUGCAAUAAAAUGAAGGGUGGUAGAAGUUAAACAAUGGGUGUGACUACCACAAGAUGGGUGUUAGUGGGAAAGUGGUGUAACAUCCACUUAGCAUUCCAGAGAUGUGAAAUAUAAUUAUGAUUUAAAUGCCAAAGAUGUAAGUUGCAGGAUGAGUAACUACAAGGACAUGAAAGUCUUCCUUAUCUUCCUUUCUAUCCCACUCAGAAUCAUUUUGCACACCCACAAAACUAAUAAAAGUAGUGUCACUUGAUGAAAUUACACCUGAUACAUGACUUGUACCAUCACUUACAUUUCUGUCAGUGUGGGCUCUGUUUACACCAAAGAAAAAAUUCCAAUCUCAUUUACAACAUUUUAAGUUGGAAGUAAUUUUGCUCUCAGUGGAAUUAUUCUCUAUUUAUACUCCCACUCAGAUCAGAAUCUGACCUAGGCUUUGAAUUUUGUCUUAUUUGCUCUCAUCCUUUCCUAUGACAGGCAGGGGUCCUCAAUCUGUAAAAGGCUCCUCACACCUACAUUUAUGUAUCUUUGCAGAAAUGGCUUUUGAGCAGGUCUGUAUUGUUAGAAAUUGUCAACUAAAUCAGCCUGGGAGCAGCUGGUUGCUGAGUGUACAUGAAUAGCUGCUUAAUGUUUUUUACAUCAUCCAGCAUAUGUGGGAAGGAGAGCAAGAAUGCAAAAGCGCAGCCCAUGCCUAGACGAGGGGCUACACAGUUCUGUAGCAAUUCCAACACAAAGAAGUUAAAGAAUGAAAGAAUGACCCCAGCGACUCGACAAAAAGUUCUUGGCCUUUACCGCAAGAUAUUUCAAAUAGCCAAAAAAUGGCAGUCGGCAUCAGGACAGACAGAGGAGACUGUUAAAGAGAAAGAGUACAUUAAAAAUGAGGCCAGAACAUUAUUCAAAAAAAACAAAGACGUAACAGAUCCAAAGCUGAUUGAGCAGUGCAUAGAAGAAUGUGAGGCAAGAAUAGAAAUUGGACUGCACUAUAAUAUCCCCUACCCGAGACCUAUCCAUCUGCCUCCUAUGGGUCUCGCCCAUAAACAAGGUCGUACGUUGCGACACCAAGAAAAGUUAAGGAAGAUUUCUAAGCCAAUAUACCUGAAAUCCCAUGAUGAAGUUUCAUAACCCACCACUUAAGCUGUGAUGUGUAAUCACAUCCUAUGAGCUGUGAACUGCAGUCCAGGUGGUUCUUGUGCACAACUGUGAACUAAGGUGUUUUGGUCACUUGCUCACACAUUUCCUGAGGCCAAAAAGCCAUUGAUACAUUGCAUAUGAUGGAUAAGGUUGGUCUAUUAUUUAUUUAUAUUAUUUUUAGCCACUGACUCAUCAAUAAAAGUAACACUUUUCAAGGA